UUGUGGCGCCGUCCUCUACGCUCCUGGCAGCCAUGCAGCCUCCGCCCCCGGGCCCGUUGGGCAACUGCUUGCGGGACUGGGAGGCUCUGCAGCAGGACUUCCAGAGCAUCCAGGAGGCCCACCGGCUGUACCGCCUGAAGCUGGAGGAGCUGACCAAGCUGCAAGGCAACUGCACCAGCGCCAUCAGCCGGCAGAAGAAGGCCCUCCAAGAGCUGGCCAGAGUCCUGAGGAAAUGCAAGCCCUCCCUCCCGGCCGAGGCCAAGGAGGCUGCGCAAGAGCUGGAGAACCAGAUCAAAGAGCGCCAGGGACACUUCUUCGACAUGGAGGCCUACCUGCCCAAGAAGAACGGGCUGUACCUUAGCCUGGUCCUGGGUAAUGUCAACGUGACACUCCUCAGCAAGCAGGCCAAGUUUGCCUACAAGGACGAGUACGAGAAGUUCAAGCUCUACCUCACCAUCAUCCUCAUCCUCAUCUCCUUCACCUGCCGCUUCCUCCUCAACUCCAGGGUGACAGAUGCUGCCUUCAACUUCCUGCUGGUCUGGUACUACUGCACCCUGACCAUCCGAGAGAGCAUUCUCAUCAACAAUGGCUCCCGGAUCAAAGGCUGGUGGGUGUUUCACCACUAUGUCUCCACCUUCCUGUCGGGAGUCAUGCUCACCUGGCCUGAUGGCCUCAUGUACCAGCGGUUCCGGAACCAAUUCCUGUCAUUCUCCAUGUACCAGAGCUUCGUCCAGUUCCUGCAGUAUUACUACCAAAGCGGCUGCCUGUACCGCCUGCGGGCCCUGGGCGAGCGGCACACCAUGGACCUGACCGUGGAGGGCUUCCAGUCCUGGAUGUGGAGAGGUCUCACCUUCCUGCUGCCCUUCCUUUUCUUUGGACAUUUCUGGCAGCUCUUUAACGCCCUAACCCUGUUCAACCUGGCCCAAGACCCUCAGUGCAAGGAAUGGCAGGUGCUCAUGUGCGCCUUCCCCUUCCUCCUCCUCUUCCUCGGCAACUUCUUCACCACCCUGCGGGUGGUUCGCCACAAGUUCCACAGCCAGUGGCAGGGCACCAAGAAGGAAUGAAGCUGGUUCCGGCAGCCCGGGGCGUGCUGCAUCCCCCCUGCUCCGCUGGGAGACACCUAGUGUGGGAGGCUCUCUCGCCCACUCUUCCCUGGGUGUUGUGGACUCUGUGGGCCCCAAAGGCGAUGUUGGGAGAGGACAAGCUGGGCAUGUGUGGUGCCCCAACCCCCUCCGUCCUGGCAAGAGGCCAGGACCCUCAAUAAAGAAGACACAAGGGG